AUGAAAUGGGAUAAAGGUGCAAAAGAAGGAAUUGUCGUCGCUGGUGGUCAAGGCGAAGGAAAUGCUCUGACACAAUUGUCUUAUCCUACCGGAUUGUUCCUCGAUACAUUGGAUACCAUAUAUGUAGCAGAUUCGUCGAAUGAUCGAGUGAUGCGUUGGCCUAAAGGAGCGAAACAGGGCACUGUCAUUGUGGGUGGAAAUGGUCGAGGAGAAGGAGCUAAUCAAAUCGCCUUUCCCAUGGGUUUGUCCUUCGAUCGACAUGGCAAUCUCUAUGUCGUCGAUCGAGAUAAUGAUCGAGUGCAACGAUUUGCUAUCGAAUAGACUCGUUACGAUGGAUUUUUUUUUCUUUCCUUUCUGAGUGUGGGUGUUAGUAAUCUGUUGAUGCUCAGUCACACCCACACCCACACCCACAUGUUUGUUUUAGAACUUAUCGGCUUCGUUAAUAACUAUCUCAAACAACGAUCAUAACAUAGAAAAGAUUCGAUCGUUUAAAUAAUAGAAUGAGAGUGCACCAAUAUAAAAACCUUUUAGAAGAAAACGAUACGUAAAUAUGCUUGAAAGAGUCAUACUUAAACAAUUAUUAGAUUUUAUUUUUCCUUCAUAUUCAAAUCGACAAUUCUUCACUUUAGGGUUACUCAUCAUGAUUAUCUAUACAAAUCUUAAUAGAUUUUCUAUAUAUAUAUAAAGGCAUAUUAAAAUGAAAGAACUAAUGAGCAUAGUAGUUACCAAUUUCAACAUAUAAAUAGGUAGGACUCGAAUGAUAUAUCUCGUUAUAAGGAGAAUAUUGUUCACAUAUAUGUUGUGGUCAAAAUUCAAAUUCAGUCAAAUUUUAAAUUUGCCUAGACAAAAUUCAAAUUUGAAUUCUGUCUAGGCAAAAUUAAAAUUUGAAUUUUGACUAACAUUAUAUUGGUCAAAAUUCAAAUUUGAAUUUUGCCUAGACAAAAUUAAAAUGCUGUUAUAGUCAAUAUAGGAAAAUAAAAUGUUUGUACCUCGACGGUGUGGGUGUGGGUGUAGGUGUGGAUGGAUGUGGGUGUGAGUGUGAGUGGAGUGUGGGGUGUGGGUGGGGGGUGUGGGUGUGAGUGUGGGUGUGGGUGUGGGUGUGGGUGUGGGUGUGGUUCAGCUGAAGACUUACAUGGACACCCACACCCACAUCUACAUCCACACCCACACCCACACCCACACCUACAUCCACACCCACACACCCACACCCACCCACACCCCAUACUAUGGGUUAUUUAAUUUCAAUCUCAAUUUAAACAGAAAAAAGAGCACUUGAUUUCAAAUUGAAUUAAGGGAACUAAGGGGACUAAGGGGACUAAGGG